GAAAUUUUGCUGGCUGAAAAUUGAUUAAAUCGUUGUGUUUGCUGGAAUCCCAACGUACAGUUACACCAGCACGAGACGUCCGGGACGCAAGCCAUUGGCCAUAUUCUGCAGUUUGAGCUUACUACUUCCGUUUCUGGGAACUAUGGCCUGGCGAUCUCGGGGACUUACUAAUGCGGAAUUAUUUCGUCAACUACAAGAAAAUGAUUACCUUCUAGAUCACGGAAUCAUCAAAAGUGAACGGGUUGCUCAAGCUUUGAUAGCAACUGACCGCAAACAUUACGUGGCUGGUAAUUUGAAUCCUUAUAUAGAUGCACCGCAGCGGAUUGGGCAUUCGGCCACUAUUAGUGCACCGCAUAUGCACGCUUAUGCUUUGGAACUUCUGGAAAAUAAUUUGAGAAGUGACAGCAAGGUUUUGGAUGUUGGUUCGGGUUCCGGAUAUUUGACAGCGUGCUUCGCACGUUACAUUCAUCAAAAAGAGGGUGCAACCGGAUUUGUAGUCGGGAUCGAACAUCACCCCCAGCUGGUUGCACUUGGGCGGUCCAAUAUCAAGGCAGAUGAUGAAUCCUUGCUGGAAACUGGAAAAAUCAUUCUUGUCGAGGGUGAUGGCCGGAAAGGUUGCUCAGAGCAUGCACCUUACGAUUGCAUCCACGUUGGAGCUGCUGCACCGCAGACGCCACAUGAGCUGAUCAACCAACUUAAACCGGGAGGCCGCAUGAUUGCCCCCGUUGGACCGGAAGAUGGAACGCAGUACCUUGAACAGUAUGACAAGGAUGCGGAUGGAAAGGUGUCGAAGACCCGCCUGAUGGGGGUUAUGUUCGUUCCGCUUACGGAUCUUCACACGUGAUGCUUAAGCCGCAGAGGUUUCUGUAUGGCAUUUCGGGUGCUACUGGUGCUGACUUUGCUGCUGCUGUUUGCCUACAGUCUGAAGAGAAGAUACUUUUAGACGGAUGUCUUUGUGUGAAAAAAAAAAUCAUGAACAUCUUCAGCGGUAUUUUCUAUGCUCGUAGAAAGUUUACCUCUUCUUGCGGCUGUUUGGUUAAUAAACAAAAUUGUACUCUUGUUUGGUAUUAGUAUUUCUAUUUUGUAUAGGUUUUGUUAGAAAAACAAAAUGGUACUCUUGUUUGGUCUCCAAAAUUAUCAAAUGUAUUUAUUUUAGGCCAUAAAUAUACCG